AUGAGUGGGGAACUAUUAUGUUCAGAGCAAGCAUGCUUACCUUCUGCUUGUUCGGUACAGAUUGAUCCGUGCCAUCGUUAUGGACAAAAUCUGCACUUGUUGGAUGUUGGAGAUGGCAAAGAAGUAAAUCUUGACAAGUGCCCAAGAACUGAUCUGCAGGGUCAAUGCAUCAAGUACCUUGGACCAAAAGAGAGGGAAGCUUAUGAAGUGAUUAUGGAAAGUGGGAAGCUUGUGUACAGACAAAGUAGGAAACUUGUGAAUACUGCUGAGGGUUGUAAAUGGAUCUUUGUCCUCAGCACAUCAAGGAAAAUGUAUGUUGGGGAGAAGAAGAAGGGCCUUUUCCAGCACUCUACUUUUCUAGCUGGAGGUGCCACACUUGCAGCAGGGAGAAUUGUUGCCUUUAAUGGGGUUCUUGAGGCUGUAUGGUCCUACAGCGGUCACUACCGCCCGACGGAAGAGAAUUUUAUGGAGUUCAUUAGCUUCUUAGAGGAGCAUCAGGUGGACUUAACAGAUGUUAAAAAAUAUCCUAUAGAUGAUGAUGUUCCACCUUCUUAUGCUCCCAAGAAAGAGAUGAAUUCAGAUAUCACAUCUGCUAAUGUUGAUGUUUGGGCAGAACUGCGGCUUCUUCAGUCUAAGAGGGCAGAAGUGGCUGUUCUUGAGGACUUCAGUGGGCUAGAGACUGCAUUGUGA